AUCAUUAGUACGAGAAUGUAGUGUGUGUACUGCCAUCAACAGCAUGAUUUAUGAGAGUAUUUUUCGGUUUGGGGAAAGAAUUCCGGUCAGGUGACCGACUACAAGGGACUCGUCUACGGAGGGACUCAUCUUAUUGCAGCGACACUCUUUGGCUGGGGGGGGUUGGUGGUAUACGGCAGUGCUGCCUGAGAGUCUCAGCUGAGGGAACAAAACUGCCCCAACCCACGUCAUGUCAUGCCACCAAACCCAAUAUGCUGAAUGUCCACCUGGUCCCUCACACACAUGAUGAUGUUGGCUGGCUCAAGACCGUGGACCAGUACUUCUAUGGGGACCGUAACAACAUCCAGCAUGCCGGGGUGCAGUACAUCCUGGACUCGGUGGUGGAUCAGCUGUUGAAGAACCCGGACAGGAGGUUUAUCUACGUGGAGACGGCGUUCUUCUACCGCUGGUGGAAGCAGCAGAGCUCCAGUGCACAGCGGACGGUCAAACAGCUGGUAAACGAAGGCCGUCUGGAGUUCGUGAACGGCGGCUGGUGUAUGAGCGACGAGGCCACGACGCACUACAGCGCCGUCAUUGACCAGAUGACCAUGGGCCUGAGGUUCCUGAACGAGACGUUCGGGCCUUGCGGGCGUCCCCGAGUUGCCUGGCACAUCGACCCGUUUGGCCAUGCCCGCGAACACGCCUCCGUGUUUGCGCAGAUGGGAUACGACGGCUUCUUCUUUGGUCGUCUGGACUACCAGGACCGGGCCCGCAGGAUGGUGGAGAAGGAGCAGGAGCUUCUGUGGAGAGCCUCUGACAGCCUCACACCCCCCAUGGCUGACCUCUUCACCGGGAUCCUUCCCAACGGUUACAACCCUCCGGAGGGAUUCUGCUGGGACCAGCUGUGUGAUGACCCCCCAAUCAGAGACGACCCUGACCUGGAGGACUAUAAUGUUGAUGAUGUGGUGAAGCGCUUCCUCGCCAUUGCCAACAGUCAGGCUUUGGCGUAUAAGACGAAUCACAUCAUCAUGACCAUGGGCUCGGACUUCCAGUACGAGAAUGCCAACCUGUGGUACAAGAACCUGGACAAGCUGAUCCACUAUGUCAACGCCCAGCAGGCGAACGGCAGCAAAGUCAACGUGCUCUACUCUACCCCCUCCUGUUACCUCCAGGAGCUGCACCGAGCAAACCUCACCUGGGCUUUGAAGACGGACGACUUUUUCCCUUAUGCAGACGACGCUCAUGAUUUCUGGACCGGCUACUUUACCAGCCGGCCGGCGCUGAAACGCUACGAGAGGAUCAGCAACGGGAAUCUGCAGAUAUGUAACCAGCUGGAGGUGCUCGGUGGCCCGGUCUCCAGGAAGGGACCCUUCGGGGAAGGCGACAGCCAGACCAUGAAGAAGGCCAUGGCGGUGGCUCAGCACCACGACGCGGUGUCGGGCACAGAGAAGCAACACGUAGCCAACGACUACGCCAGGAGGCUGGCUAACGGCUGGCAACACUGUCAGGUUUUGGUGAGCAACAGUCUGGCUGCUCUGAGUGGCUCGUCCGCUGAGCGGAUCUACUGUGACAACCUCAACAUCAGUGUGUGUCCUCUCACCGAGUCCAGCAAAAAGUUCUCAGUCAACGUGUACAACCCUCUCGCUCGGCCCGUCACUUGGCCCGUCAGGCUGCCCGUGAAUGGAACCGCAUACACCGUAUCUGAUGCUAGAGGCGAAUCUGUGGACUGUCGGGUGGUUCCGGUGUCCAGAGCCACUCGGGGGGUGAGGCGGAACCGGGGCUUCGCCGUCAACGAGCUGGUGUUCCAGGUUCAGGCUCCCCCUCUGGGCUACAGCACCUACUCCGUGUCCCUGCUCCGGGAUGGACCUCCACCCGCCUCCGCACAGCACCGCACUCCCACAGUGAUCCAGAACAAGUUCCUGCAAGUGACCUUUGACCCGGAUACCGGCCUCUUGAGCAGCCUCAGCAACCUAGAGACCAAGCAGAGCAUCAAGCUGACGCAGAACUUCUAUUGGUACAAUGCCAGUGACGGUAACAACUUGGAGAGUGCUCAGCCCUCGGGAGCCUACAUCUUCAGGCCCAACUCGUCCGAGCCUUUCGUCAUCAGCCAGACGGCCGAGACCGAGACGGUUCAGACCUCGGCGGUGCAGGAGGUGAGGCAGCGGUUUUCCCCCUGGGUGUCUCAGGUGGUUCGUCUCUACACAGACAGCAGAGCUCUGGAGCUGGAGUGGACGGUCGGACCGCUGCCCAUACACGACAACCUGGGGAAGGAGGUAAUCACACGUCUAGACACCAGCAUCAGAACCUCAGAAAUCUUCUACACCGACUCCAACGGCAGAGAGGUGCUGCAGAGAAAGAAAGACUUCCGGCCCACAUGGCACCUGAAGCAGUCGGAGCCCAUUGCUGGAAACUAUUACCCCAUCAACUCCCGUGCAUUCAUCAAGGAUGACGUGGACCAACUCACUGUGGUGACCGAUCGCUCUCAGGGGGGCGGGAGCAUCCACAACGGCUCCCUGGAGAUCAUGCUCCACCGCCGGCUGUUGUACGACGACGUUCGCGGCGUUGGCGAGCCUCUCAACGAGACCUCCGGCGUCUUCCCGGAGGGGCUGGUGGUCCGCGGCCGCCUCCUGCUCUCCCUCGACCGCCCGCCCGCCGCCGCCGACGCGCACCGACCCCUGGCACAGGGGGUGGUGCUGCAGCCGCUGCUGACGUUCACGAAUGGGGAUCUGAGCCCAAACACUCGACUGGAGUUCUCAGGUCUUCAGGCCGCACUGCCUUCUGCAGUCCACCUCCUGACACUGACACAGUGGGACAAGGACUCGGUGCUGCUGAGACUGGAGCAUCAGUUCCAGAGCUGGGAGAGCAAAGUGAACUCGCAACCAGUCACCGUCAACCUGCAGAAGCUGUUUUCCACUCUGGAGGUGCUUGGCGUGUCCGAGCUGAACCUGUCGGCCAAUCAGUGGAAAGACGAGAUGAUACGUUUUGACUGGACGCCACAGACAGAUAAGAAGCCCCCGCUGAAGAUGUCCAAAGACCCCUCCACAUGGGAGGUGACCUUGAGGCCAAUGGAGAUCCGAACCUUCCUGCUCAAAGUCAGCCUCAGAUAGCCAAUCACACGCUUCGAAUUUUUACCAGAAGACGGGAAUAAUCGAUACAAUUUCAAUCCAAUGAAGUUCCUGUGGCCUCUUGCUUGGGUUUGAUUCGACCGAGCGGGGACUUUCUUUACACCCAGCUAGAAAUUGUGCAGACACUUGAGAAAGGAUGAAAAGGAUGAAAAGGAUUUCUCUAUACAAACAAAUGAGAGGUGGUGUGGGCACGGCUCGAUUUUGAACGCAGGGACAGACGACACUGACCACGACGCUAGAUCAGAUCCACCUGGGCGGGGGUUCCGGGAACACGUCGAGAUUUGUUCUCCUUUUACGAAGAAAUGAACCGGAUGUUGAGAUGUUUUUGAAAACCUAAGCCAUGACACUUAGUGACACCGAAUGUCUGAGCACGUUUCUCAUUUGCUGAAGCUGCCUUUUUUUUUUUUUUUUUAAACUGCAGACACAUCAAAAAUCAACGAGAAAAUACAGCCAUAUCCCUCCAAAACUGACACAUUCACUUCCAACCACACAGAAACCCAAUUCCCUGUUCAGAUAUUUUCUCUCGAGAAACUGGUGCCGACACGUACUGCCUGCCUGCCUGAGUGCAAUAAGUGUAACUUGUCUAUUUCUGCCUGUGUGUUUGUAUAUAUACUUUGAAAAUGAUUUUAUACUGAUCACCACAAAGCUCAUAAUAAAUUCUGUCAUUCUUA